UGUUCAUUUCUGUCAAACACGUUUGUCAAGUGGGGCCGGCUGCCUAUAUAAUUUUAUGUCUAAAAAUUAGAAGAAUCAGUAAAAUAAAGUCUUGAAAAUACAUAAUCAGGGGUUCCUCUGAUUAGUAAAAAUAUUUAUAAUGAAUUCAUAUGGAUUAUUUAUAUUACUGCUAAGCCUAAUAGCGUUCAGCAAUGCUAACACACUACAGGGCACACUAGACUUGAAAAGACUGCAAUCAAUCUUAGAGGAGAGUUUGAAGAGCAAGGACAUUGCUGCCUUGCACUAUGCUGUCAAAGGACUGAAACUCUUGAAUUUACCAGUACCUGAUCUUUGUGCGGAAGUUGGCGCAUACAAAUAUGAUGUUAAGAAUGUAGAACAAAUUUUCCAUCUAACAAGUCUCUCGGCUCUCACAAGUUGCCAGAACAGUUUGACUCCCGACAUCCUGAUUGGUCCAACUCAAACUCUUGACAAAAAUGAUGCUACACUUGCCGAGAUAUACUAUGCUGUAUAUGCCUUGAAGGCAUUAGGAAAAGGCAGUAUUAUGGACAGAGAGGAUGCUUUAAAAAAUCUCAUUCAGUUAUUGAAAAAAGAUGAUUCUCCUGCUAACUAUGGUUAUGUAUUUGCGCUGUGCGAGCACAUGGGAUGCGCGGCGUGGACGGCGGCGCACGCGGAGGGCUUGCUCCUUGCCGCCGACGAGACCGACUCUAAAGCGCUGCACUUCGACGGCGGACUGCCUACCACUUCGCUGCUGCUGACUACGAUCACCAGGAGUUACAAAAUGCUGAAAAAACCAACCCCGUUGAGCGAAGAGCAAAGGUACAAGUUCGCGGAGUACCUGCUGUCGCGACGCUCGGUAAACUCUGCAAAGGGCGCUGCGCUGCUUCUCGACGCGGCCCUCGCACUCGCUGACGACGAGCCGACACCAAUCAGCAUCGCGAUCAAAGGCAAGAAAUACAUCACAUCAGAAUCGGACUCUAUCGAGUUCGCCAUUACUGAUUUAAUCGGCCGCGCACUCAAGAACCUCAAACCGGAAGAGGUGGUCGCGCAAUCAGGCACGAGAUUGGCCGAUGACGUUGUUGUUCUCUCCAAACAGCCUCUUUCUCAGAAGGCCAAUGAGCCAACAACUUUUGUCCUCAACUUGAAUAAGAUUAAGGCUCAGUAUGGCUUGUACAAGAUCGCGUUGAGCGCUGGAGCUAAGACCACAAAUGUGAAUGUGGCUGUGUUGGGAGAGAUCCAAGUUGGCAGUGUCGAGGUUGGUAUUGGUGAUGUUGAUGGAACCACAAGCCCGAAGAUAACCACUGUCACAUACCCUAAUAAGCUGAGUGAGGUGCUGCAAGCUGAUCAUCUGCAAAAGGUGAGCCUGAAGUUCAGCGUACGCGACAAGUACAAUAAGCCGGUGCUGGUGCAGCAGGCGUUCGUGCGCGUCGGCUCUGCGCAAGCGCCCGACCACGAGACCAUCUUCGUCGCCGAGCCAGACAACACCAAGGCGUAUAAAGUUGAACUGAAUGUAGGGAGCAUUGCAAAGCACUUGAACCACAUGUCGGGCUCGUACUCGCUGACAAUGUACCUGGGCGACAGCGCUGUGUCCAACCCCAUCGCGUGGCCCGUUGGCGAUGUACAAUUCAACUUUGGCAAGGACGCCAACGCACUUGGUGAGGUAUUGUCGAAGCCGCGCAAGUCGUACUCGGGCGCGCUGCCGGAGAUCUCGCACGUGUUCCGGUCGCCGGAGGCGCGGCCGGCGCGGCUGGUGUCGGACGUGUUCGCGUGCGCGUGCGCCGCGCCGCUGUUGCUGCUGCUGGUGCUGUGGGCGCGCCUGCGCAUCAACUUCGCGCAUUUCCCAUUCACUCCCAGCGCGCUUAUAUUCCACUUAGCUCUCGGAGGCUCGUUGGGUCUGUACGCGGUGCUGUGGCUCCAGCUGUCGAUGUUCGAGGCGAUGCGCUACCUGCUGCCGCUCGCGCUCAUCACCUUCCUUUCCGGACACCGCCUGCUGAGGCGCCUAGUGCAGGACAAAACUGCCGCGCGCUAAUUACUGACAAAAACUAUACCCAAUAAUUCUGGCGUCUGAAAUUACCCCGCCACCACACUAUGCCUCCUGUCAUACUUGUAGUUUUAAACUAAUUCUUAUACUUAGUCCCUAUUUUCAGUGUGGCCAGAACCAUUGGGGAUAGUUGUUCUGGUAAUUUUUUAUUUAUUUCAUAAAUAAAAUUUCUCAUAAGGAUAUUCUGUGUUGUGUCACUGUGUGCUAAAACACCAAAUAUGAGAUUUGUGUAAGUAUUGCAAUCUUCAUUCCUUUAUGUUCAACUGAAUGAAUGGAAAUCAAUUUUUCAUUUCAUUAUGCUCGUAUACCCGGGACGCCAAGAUAUCCUAACCAGAAAUGUGAACAGAUUUAAGAAUAAACUUGAUAAUUAUUUUGCUAGGUAGUGAAACCGGAAUCGAUAAUUACAGGAUACAGGCAUAUCAGUUAUAUAAACUGCCUGCCUGAUAACAAAUAAUAAAAGUUACAAUUGUCCAGAGGAUGAAAAAGUGUACAAUAAAAAUAUUAUCUUCCCACACUAUGAAGUAUUACAAGUUUUGAUAGGUUUUUAAGGGAAAAUAGUAAUAUUGCACAAGUCUAUGUUGUUCCAGAGUGUAUGAGCUAGUGGUAUCCAUUGUAAUGUAAUUUUUAAUAAUAAAAUUUGAUUGUUA